AAUUCAUUCUGCAAGAGCAAAAGGGGAAAAAAAAAUUUUUUUUUUUCUUGUGUUCUUCCACAAUGUGAAAGAGUGGCUUAAGUUUUCUCUAACUGUUUGCUGUAUGAUUUUCCACAUCAGCUGAAAGAAAAGAAUCUGCAUGUUCCUUGCAUUAUGGGAAAAUGGCAGCACCUACAGCCAGCAGAUUUUGUACACACAUAGUCCUUCACCUGAAUGUAAAUUAUACUAUGUAAAUCAAGUUAAAUGUGGAGUUUUCAGAUGUUCUCUUUGCUCCUAUGUUGCAGAAGAAAACUAUGACUUUCAAGAACAUUUGUUAGUUCACAAAAAAUCAUCUCCUUUUAUGUGUGAAAUUUGUAAAAAACCUUUUGCUCGAAAAGACUGUCUUAAAAACCAUUUAAUGAUACAUUUUGGUCAGCGACGUUUUAUUUGUGAAAUGUGUAAAAAAGCUUUUAAGCAAAAAACUUCUUUAUAUGCUCAUUUAAGGAUUCAUUCUGGAAAGCGGCCUUAUAUAUGUGAGGUGUGUAAGAAAAGUUUUAUUCAGAUGCGAGAUUUGAAGCGUCAUUUAAGAGUUCAUUCUGGAGAACGGCCUUACAUUUGUGAAGUGUGUAACAAAGCAUUUAAUCAAAAGGCAAACUUAUGCACUCAUUUAAAGCUUCAUACAUGGUAUACUGGAAAGACUUGGGAAAUGAAUUCUGAUGUUGGCUUUGUCAUAGAUCAAUGGUUCCAGUUGAAGAAACCAAAGAAAAUUUCUUGUGGGGAGAUUGAUUACUGGGCAUCUGGCUGCCAAAAUCAAGUUGAAGUUCUCAAAUGUCCUUUUUGCCCUUAUGUCACUGAAAGAAAUUUUGACUUUCAAGAGCAUACACUUUUCCAUAAGAAAUACCCUCCUUUUAUUUGUGACAUUUGUAACCGAACUUUUACAAGAAAAGAUGUUCUUAGAAAUCAUUUAAAGAUUCAUUCUGGAGAACGACCAUUUGCUUGUGAAAUGUGUAAGAAAACUUUUAAGAAAAAGUCUUACUUGGAUAUUCAUUCAAGGAUUCAUUCUGGAGAACGGCCUUACAUUUGUGAAGUAUGUAACAAAGCUUUUAAUCAAAAACAGCGCCUUAAUUCUCAUUUAAGGCUUCAUACUGGAGAACAACCUUAUGUUUGUGUGGUGUGUAAUAAAGCAUGUAAUGAGAAAGGGAAUCUUAACAAACAUUUACGGCUUCAUAGUGGUGAAUAUCCAUACCAGUGCGUUUUGUGUGGGCAGAUGUAUAAAUGUAAAUACAGCCUGAAGAACCAUCGUUGUAAACAUACUGUUAUUUCAUGAUGUCAGAGACUUAAAAAAAAGCAUGUAUUUUGCAAAUCUGAAAUAAAAUGUUUUUGAAGUUGCA